UCAAAGAGACAGGGGUCAGUUAUUUGGAUUUUACCUGUGUUUCUUGACUUGUUGGACUGUUGCAAAGCUGUCUGCAGAUCUCUCACAAUGGACAUGGGACUCUCUGCAUUUAUGGUUACAUGAAUGUCAGCGCUGCAGGCCAGAUGCAGGUGAUGGAGGAGCUUAUCAGUGAGAGCGACAGCAUGCCAAAGCGGAUAGCUCUGAUCUGCUUCCUGUCUCUGGUCAUGCUGAUGAGCAUCCUGGGAAACCUGCUGGUCAUGGUGGCCGUCUGCAAGGACAGACAACUCAGGAAAAUUAAGACCAACUACUUCAUUGUGUCUCUGGCGUUUGCCGACUUGCUGGUGUCGGUGCUGGUAAUGCCGUUUGGGGCCAUCGAGCUGGUGCACCAGCACUGGAUCUACGGCGAGACCUUCUGCCUGGUCCGGACGUCGCUGGAUGUCCUGCUGACCACCGCGUCCAUCCUGCACCUGUGCUGCAUCGCCCUGGACAGGUACUAUGCUAUCUGCUGCCAGCCUCUGGUCUACCAGAACAAAAUGACGCCUAUGCGAGUGGCUCUGAUGAUCGGCGGCUGCUGGGUUAUUCCCACCUUCAUCUCCUUCCUGCCCAUCAUGCAGGGUUGGAACAGCAUCGGCAUCGACCACCUGAUUGAGCAGAGGCGCCACAGCGAGGGCAGCAACUCCACGUCCUGCGUCUUCAUGGUGAACAAGCCGUACGCCCUCACCUGCUCUGUGGUGGCCUUCUACAUCCCUCUGGUCCUCAUGGUGCUGGCCUACCAGAGGAUCUACAUCACAGCGCGAGCACACGCGCUGCAGAUCAGCAUGCUGCAGCGGGCGGGAGGAGCCGCUGCCAGCACGGACUCUGCCGACCAUCAACGCAACCACCGCAUGCGAACAGAGACCAAGGCAGCAAAGACUCUGUGCAUCAUUAUGGGGUGUUUCUGCCUCUGCUGGGCGCCAUUCUUUGUCACAAACGUGGUGGACCCCUUUAUAGACUACACAGUGCCAGACAAGCUGUGGGCGGCCUGCUUAUGGCUGGGUUACAUCAACUCCAUGCUGAACCCCAUCCUCUACGCCUUCCUCAACAAGUCCUUCCGCCGUGCCUUCCUCAUCAUCCUGUGCUGCGGGAGGAAGAGGUACCGCAGGUCGUCCAUCCUGGGGUCCGGCGCUCCCUGCACAGCCACGCAGAUCAAUGGCUCCACACAUGUACUCAAGUAUUCUGUCCUUUCGAACAGCGACCACACGGAGCAGAAGAUAAAGUCUCUGCACACCGCCACAGAGUACCACGAGUCCUGCUUGUGACCAACAACGACUCCUCAGUCACAUCUCCAACAACCUCGGCUCGAACACCGUCACCACAGAGACGCUGGAAACGCACCGCAGCCUUCACAAAUUCAAUGCAGAUGCCACAAACUCAGCAGA